AUGUCGUCGACACCAAGGGAAAUCGGGACGCUCAUCGUCGUGGUCCUCAAGGCAAACCAUCUGCCCAACAAAAGACAUAUAGGAAAGCAAGAUCCGUACUGCGUGGUGACUGUGAAUGGGGAGAAACGUCGAACCAAGGCAAUCAAACGGGGUGGCCAGCACCCUGAGUGGGACGAGGAGAUCCGGUUCACUCUCUUCGAGAACACUGACGAUGUGCUGGCGAGGACUGCAAGGUCAAGAGACGACACCCCACCACCCUUGCCUCCCAAGGAUACACCUUUGCCUGAGAGGAUAAAGGGAGGAAAGUUCAUGAAACUGGCCUGCUACGCUGAUGACGCAAGGGAACCUGAUUUAAUUGGCGAAACCGAUGUUGAUUUAACCGAGGUCUUAACCAAGGGGGAAACAGACGAAUGGUUCAACCUUAGCAACAAAGACAAGUUUGCCGGCAAGGUCUAUCUCGAGUUGACAUUCUGGUCGAAUGAACCUCCGCCUGAGAAGAAGGCGCCUCCAAAGCCCCCCAAGGCCAACAAGCAGUAUGGUGGACCAGGCUCAUUCGUACCGUCAGGGGAACGUCCACCAGGUCAACACUUGGCGCGACAUGCGUCGGCGAGCGCUGGGUACCCUGCCAACGGCCCACCCGACCUGUACGUCGCUCCGUAUGAGCAACGCAAUCCAGUGGACAAGUUGGCACAGGAUUUCGGAGAGUUUGGAAUAAAUGGCGGACAUCGUCGAAGGGAGAGUUAUCCGCCGCCUGUGCCAAGUGGCUUUUCACAGUAUUCACAAACUAGCUACAAUCACUACCCUCCAACCGAACCCACGUAUACAUACGAUCGCGCAGCUUCUCCCAACACUCAACCGUCAUCGUUCCACCCGCCGGCCAAUGCAUAUGCCUACCAGCCUCCAUAUGACCCCAAUGCUCCAGCACAGUAUCCACCGCCUGCUCGAGGACCUAGGCAUAGCGUUCCCGCUUCAUCCUCUGGGUUUGUGCCAUUGCCUCAACCCUCUGGUUUCGUACCCCUGCAGCCGCAAACGGGAGACCCGUAUCCGCCGCCUGUUUCACACACACCGGCGCCUCUACAGUACCCCCCAGCGCCUUCGCAAUUUGCAACUCCAUAUCCUCAAACAGCAUCCCCAGUAUCAUAUAAUGCAGCACCAAAUCCCCCUCCUGGCUCAUAUCAGCAACCGGUGCCCGCGACGCAGCCAUACACUGCGUAUGCAACUUAUCCUUUCCCAACGUCGGGGCAGCCAAGUCAGCAGUACCAAACUUCGGAAUACACACAAACGGUGCCAUCUCCGGCCCAAUCGCAGGUGUAUCAACCUUACCCUGGUCCUCCGCCUCAUGAAUCCCCAGCCUCUUUGCCCCAGCCUCCGGCGACUGUCGGUGGAUCACGGCCCCUACCUCCUCAACCACAGAUUGUCUAUGCUCAACCACCACCACCACCGCCACCGCCAACCCAGCAUGUAAAUAACCCUCCACCACCUCCGUCCCACAUUUCUCCGCCACAGAAUGGAGGAUACAGCCCUCCACACCAGGGAAGCGUUUCGCCAGCUCGGGUUGGUACUCAUCCUUUACCCCUCCCGCCUCCGCCUCCCCCACCGCUGUAUAGCAAUGAUGGCUCCAACUUCGUUCCAAGCGUGUCACCAUCAGGACCGCCGCUACCACCCCCACCACCUCCUGCCUCGGUAGUGCAUGAAGUUCGGCAGCGGCGACUGUCCAGUCUGCCUCAACCACCUGUUAUGUAUCAACCACCUUACCCACCAACCAACGGUACUCAAGACAGCUACUCGUAUAGCCAACCACCGCAGACCUAUGCCAAUCCACCAGGACCCCCACCUAAACCUCCCGCAUCAGAAUGGACAGGCUAUGGCGGCCAGUAA